AUGACUAAGGCAACAGAAACAGGACUCACGCUAUUCUUCUUAUCUGCAAUCUAUUUUGCUUUAUACACAGGUGUCAUUCCAUCGCCAGCUAAAUUCCAUGAUGAGAUUUUACCAUUUUUGCCAUGGUGGGGAUUAGUUACAUUUGGUGCUUAUGCUUUGUCCACCUUGGGUUGGGGGAUAGUCACUUUUAAAGACAAGAAGGAUAAGUAUGACGAGUUGAAAAUACAGAUUGAAGAAGCUAAGGCAUUUUAUAAGUCAAAAGGGAUUGAGUUGGAUUAA